AUGGGUAUGGGCAUGGGCCGCGAUCCCUCCUCGUCGUUCAGCGAUGAUGGCCGUCUGCACGGCGUCAACAACGCCGCUCUGGCGGUGGCCAUGUUGCAGCAGAAGCCGCGGCUGCUGAGCAAGAGCAUGUUCAAGCUGUACUGGUGCAUCGCUGUGGCCAUGCUCAACUCCUGCAUCAACGGCUACGACGGCUCGCUCAUGGGCUCCAUCAACAGCUACCCGCAGUACCGCGAGUACUUCGGCUUCGACCCGGAAAAGGGCACGCCCGAGACCGGCAUCGUGUACGCCAUCUACACCAUCGGCAACAUUGUCGGCUCGUUCUGCGCGGGGCCGUUCACCGACUUCAGAGGCCGCCGCGUCGGCAUGGCCCUCGGCGCCAUCUUCAUCAUCAUCGGCACCUGCAUCCAGGCCACCGCCCACAACAUCGGCGCGUUCAUGGGCGGCCGCUUCCUGCUGGGCUUCGGCGUCGCGACCUCCGCCACGGCCGGCCCAUCCUACGUCUCGGAGAUGGCGCAUCCGGCGUACCGCGGCGCCAUGACGGGCCUGUACAACGUGCUGUGGUUUGGCGGCGGCAUCCCGGGGACGUUCAUCCCAUGGCGGACCAGCUACAUCGAGGGCACGAUGAGCUGGCGCAUCCCGGUGUGGCUGCAGAUGGUGUUUUCGGGGCUGGUGUUGCUCCUCUGCUUUACGAUCCCGGAGGACAGACACGAAGCCGCCAUCCAGGUGCUGGCCGAAUACCACGGCGACGGCGACCGCAACGCGCCGAUCGUGCGGCUCGAGUACCGCGAGAUGGUCGAGGACAUCUCCAACGUCGGCGCCGACAAGCGCUGGUGGGACUACCGCGAGCUGUUCAACAGCCGCGAGGUGCGAUACCGCUCGAUGCUGGUGAUGUUCAUGGCCUUCUUCGGGCAAUGGUCCGGCAACGGCCCCGUGUCGUACUACUACCCGCAGAUGCUGGCGGGCGCCGGCAUCCGGAACAACAACACGCGGCUGCUGCUGCAGGGGCUGCAGAACGUGGUUCAGUUCGUGGGGGCGGUGUUUGGGGCACUGAUCACGGACCGGGUCGGGCGGCGGCCGCAGCUGCUCGUGUCGACGAGCAUCAUCGUGGUGCUGUUUGCGAUAGUGGCGGCGCUGAACGCCACGAACGUGGUGACGGACGCGGACGGCACGGCCGUCGCGAAGAGCAGCGUCGUGGCGCGCGCGCAAAUCGCCAUGAUCUUCCUCUUUGGGUUUGUGUAUAGCGCCGGCUGGACGCCGAACCAGGCCAUGUAUCCGGUCGAGUGUCUGCGGUAUGAGAGUCGGGCCAAGGGGAUGGGGAUGAACAAUUUCUUUGUGAAUAUCGCCUCGUUCUACAAUACCUUCGUCACGGGCAUCGCGUUCACCGGCGCCGGCUGGAAGUACUACUUCCUCUUCAUCUUCUGGGACACCUUUGAGGUGCUCGUGAUCUACUUUCUCUUUGUGGAGACGUCGAAGCGCACGCUGGAGGAGCUGACGGCCAUCUUCCAGCAGCGGCGGCCGGUCACGGCGUCGCUGAAGAAGGACACGAUCUUUAUCGCGGACAAUGAUGUGAUGGAGAUCCGCAAGGAGCAUAACCGGUAUUAG